ACACCAAAACAAACGUAAUAAACUGAACAAAAACGAUCUAAAGAUCAAUUUUACUGAAAAUCCAAAUCCGCUCGAACCUUAUUCAAUUUGAACUACAUCGAUCUACCAGUGGAAAAAACAACCAUGGUGGAACCCAAUUCCAAGAAACCUCUGCUUCAAUUUGCUCCGAUGCAGAGCUCCGUCGAUGAAGGAUUCUGGCAUAGAUUGUCUUCUUUGAAGCUCAACAAACUUGGCAUUGAUGAUUCUCCGAUACCCAUUAUUGGUUUCUAUGCACCUUGCUCACACCCUCGAGUAUCAAAUUAUCUAACUCUUUUAGCUGAGUCUUUACCUUCUGAAUCAAGUGAAGCAUCAUUAAUACCAGAACCAAGCCAUGGAAACAGGAACAGGUGUUCUGUUUCAGGGAUACUUUACAACACUAAUACUGUGGAGAGUUUCCAUGCACUUGAUAAACAAAAUCUGUUAAAGGAAGAGGCCAGAAAGAUAUGGGAUGACAUUCAAACUGGAAGAGCUGUGGAGGACUGUUCGGUACUUUCAAGAUUUCUUCUUAUUUCUUUUGCAGACCUGAAAAAGUGGAGUUUCCAUUACUGGUUUGCUUUCCCUGCUCUGAUGAUUGAUCCUCCUGCAACUGUGGUUAAUUUAAGUCCAGCUUCUCAGUGGUUGAGCAAGGAAGAGGCGGAGUCCCUCUCUGCAGCCUGUAAUGAGUGGCGUGGCUCGAAAUCAACAGCAGAUGUCCCAUUCUUUUUAGUAACUAUAGAUCCAAACUCACGUGCUACUGUUAGGCUUCUGAAGGACUGGGAAGCUUGUCAGAGCGAUGCUCACAAGAUCCUAUUUGGGUUUUACGACCCAUGUCAUCUCCCAAAUAAUCCUGGAUGGCCUCUCCGCAACUUCCUAGCACUUAUUUCUGCAAGGUGGAAUCUCAAGUCUGUUCAAUUUUUCUGCUACAGAGAGAGCCGUGGUUUUGCUGAUAUGAGCUUGUCCCUUGUUGGUGAAGCAUUAUUAACAACAGCUCCACAUGGGUGGAAAGAUGAUGUCCCUAAUGCAGUUGGAUGGGAACUUAAUAAGGGAAGAAAAGUACCUAGGUGUAUUAGUCUUGCACAAUCCAUGGAUCCAACCAGAUUGGCCGUAUCUGCUGCAGAUUUGAAUUUAAAGCUUAUGAGGUGGCGUGCUAUGCCAUCUUUGGAUUUGAGUGCUUUGUCUUCCCUCAAGUGUCUUCUCCUUGGAGCAGGCACACUUGGAUGCCAGGUUGCGCGCAUGCUUAUGGCAUGGGGUGUCCGAAAAAUUACUCUAGUUGACAAUGGCAGAGUGGCUAUGUCUAAUCCAUUGAGGCAGUCUCUUUAUACUUUGGAUAACUGUCUUAAUGGCGGAGAGUUUAAAGCUACAGCAGCAGUUGAAAGUCUCAAACGGAUAUUUCCGGCAGUGGAAGCGGAAGGCAUUGUUAUGGCUAUACCAAUGCCUGGACACCCAGUAAAUAGCCAGGAACAGGAGAGCGUACUUGAUGAUUGCAGACGUUUGUGCGAUUUGAUUGAUGCUCAUGAUGCAGUUUUUUUGUUGACAGAUACAAGGGAAAGUCGUUGGCUCCCAACACUUCUCUGUGCCAAUGCUAACAAGAUUACCAUGACCGCAGCACUAGGGUUUGAAAGUUUCUUGGUUAUGCGUCACGGAGCAGGUCCUUUGAGUAGCGCCUCUGACUUGAGUGCUGAAACAGCUAGUUCUUCAUCUGCCGAUUUGUGUGUAAAUGAUACAAAUGGAAAACAUAGACUGGGAUGCUAUUUCUGCAACGAUGUUGUUGCACCAACUGAUUCAACGUCCAACCGCACUCUGGACCAGCAAUGUACUGUGACCCGACCAGGGCUAGCUCCUAUCGCUUCCGCUCUUGCUGUUGAACUUUUAGUAGGGAUUUUGCAUCACCCUCAAGGGAUAUUUGCAGAAGCCGAUAUUAACAACAGUGUCUCCGGAGGUGCUGAGAACCCUCUUGGCAUUUUACCUCAUCAGAUUCGUGGUUCUCUUUCUCAGUAUUCUCAAAUGAGCCUUAUAGGUCACUCCUCCUCCAGCUGCACAGCCUGUUGUCAUACAGUUAUAUCGGAAUAUCGAAACCGAGGAAUGGAGUUCAUACUUGAAGCAAUUAACCAUCCUACCUACUUAGAAGAUGUAACUGGACUAACAGAGUUAAUGAAAUCAGCCACCAAAUUCUCAUUGGAGAUAGAUAGUGAAGAUGGUGAAGAAGAUUGUUUUGAAAUAUGAAACUUCAAAACUAGUCACUUGUACAUAAACUAAUUCGGGCAAUUAUAAAUUUUUGCCUAUGUCAACAGUUUAUUUUUUAGCAUACCUUAUCAAAUGUACAAAACUGAAUUUACAUUCUUUGAUUUAUUUCAAUAAUUUGAACUACUUAAUAUGUUAAGCAUUAAAAA